AUGAGCGAAGAAUUUAGUGGCGUAGUGCGUUUGACAAAUAUUAGUGACUUCAUCGCUCCAAAUCCGAACUGCAUCAUACCUCUGGAGACGAGAACCGUGGAAGAGCCAUUAGUAGCUGUUCGGAAAAAACAGCGGGAUGAGGACAGACCUAAAAAGGGCGCCAUUAAAAUUUCGCUCAAUGAUUGCCUCGCUUGCAGUGGGUGCAUAACCAGCGCAGAGACUGUUCUGGUUGAAGAGCAGUCACUGAUGAGACUACUUGAUGGAUUUUCUGAGAAGAAGCUCUGUGUUGUUACUGUAUCGCCUCAAUCUGUAUGUUCCAUAGCAGUCAAAAGGAAUCUCACAUUGUCCGAAACGGCUAAACUGAUCUCAUCUUUCUUCUUUUCAAAAGGUGCACAUUAUGUCAUCGACUCUUCUUUCGGUCGGUGGUUUGCUUUAGAGGAAGCUUAUAAGGAGUACAGUUCCGUUGCAUCGAGGCCCAUACUGGUAUCGGCCUGUCCGGGCAUCGUUUGUUAUGCGGAAAAGAGCAAUGACGGACUGCUACUCCCGUUCCUGAGCAAGGUUAGAUCUCCACAGGCUGUCUGUGGUGCUCUGGUGAAAGAUUACCUAUCUCGCAAACUUGGAAUCCCUAUGUCAUCCAUAUAUCACGCUUCAGUGAUGAUGUGCUUUGAUAAGAAGCUGGAGGCGUCAAGGCCAGACUUCCAUGUACCUGACACUGAAAUCCGUGAAACAGACUGCGUUAUAAGCACAGUUGAGAUCGACUCGCUUCUGGAUGAAGUUGAUACGCUCGUUGAGUCGGAAGAUCCAGGAUGGCUUGGCGACUUCAGCAGAGGAAUUCUAUAUGGUAAUGAAGGUGGAACUGCCGGUGGAUUUGUAGAUGUUCUUGUCAAGAAGUUUGUAGAAGAAAAUGGUGGGGAAGUCUCGGAGAAGCGGAUAGCGAGGAAUGUGGAUAACAUUACAGUCACUCGCGAUGAUGAAGUUCUUUUACGAGCAGCGAGAAUCUAUGGGUUCAGGAAUAUCCAGAAUCUGGUGCGCAAAAUGAAAAAUAACAAAAUAGCAUACGACUACGUUGAAGUUAUGGCUUGUCCUAGCGCAUGCGGCAACGGUGGUGCACAAAUACGAGGCGAGACUGCAGAGGACAGAGAGCGGAUACUCAAUGCAGUGGAAGAAACGUUUGCAAAAAUCAGGAAUGAUGCUUCUUCAGAAGCGCGGAAGGUAGCAGAAUCAUGGUCUCAGUUGAAUCCGGAGUGGAGGAAUUUGUUAUAUACAGAUUACCAUAAAGUUGAUACUAAUAUUGCACAGAAAUUGCAGUGGUGAUUGUGAUAAUUUGUAAGUAUUGAAUAAAUCAAGA